AUGUGUGAUUUAUUCACAAUCGUCUCCAGUAGCGAAAAGUCCCUUCGCCUGGCCCGCCGUUACGCCCUGGAGUCCAACUACGAUGUUGCCGUCGCCUUCUACACAGGCAUUGACAAAGAUCUCACCAACUGCAUGCAGUGCCGUAGUGACGGCAGCCAGUCUGGCAAGAACGGCAGCGGGGAUCUCAGCGACGUGGCCCUCUUGCGCGAGAAGGUCGCGGAGGAGUGUGUGCUCGUGCGGGCCAUUCAGGCGGAACUGAAGGCCCUAAUAAAUCCCAGCAGCGCCGUCCAACUCGACCGCCCCCCGCAGGAGUCAAACGCCGAAACGACAACAGCGCCCAGUCGCGCCGCCACCACCCGCCCGCUGCGGCGCACAACCGUCACGAACACAAACGGCGCGAAUCCCGUCGCGGCCGCCCGCCCGGCGGUGAUGUCCGUCCCGCCGCCGAUGAGCACCGCCGCCCGCAACGAGGCGCUUUACGGCGAUCCCGAUCGAUUUGGGCCGCCGCGACUAAAAACGCCGCUGCGGAACUCAUCGCCGCUCGCCCGUCGCCGGCCCGUUGGCGGUUCACUGCGCGCCGCAUCGCCCCCUCGCAGCACCCGGCCAAAGGCGGCACUCCCACUGCAAACACAAUCGCAACAAACACUACGGGCUGGGAGAACCCCAGCGGCGAGUAGUAGUGCUGCUGUGAGCAGUACGAACAAUAAUACAACGAGUAGACCUAGACGUCAAGGGGCACGGGCGACGCUUCCUCGAUUUGUGGCCCGUCCGGGAGAAGAGGAAUUGGUUUCUCUCAUUGAGGCAGACAUGCAUGUGGGGCCACUCGCCGUAUCCUGGGAUGAUGUGGCCGGUCUCUCAGCAGCAAAAGGGCUGCUGGAGGAGGCGGUGGUGUAUCCUGUGUUGAUGCCAGAUUACUACACUGGCAUUCGGCGGCCGUGGAAGGGUGUUCUCCUUUACGGCCCACCGGGAACAGGAAAGACAAUGCUCGCAAAGGCCGUAGCGUCAGAGUGCAAUACCACAUUCUUUAAUAUCUCUCCAGCCACACUUACAAGUAAAUGGAGAGGAGAUAGUGAGAAACUUAUUCGGGUAUUGUUUGAAAUGGCCCGUUACUACGCUCCUAGUACGAUAUUUAUUGAUGAAAUAGAUUCUCUCUGUGGUCAGCGAGGUGAUGGGGGUGAACAUGAGGCUUCACGACGUGCAAAAGGAACACUUUUGGCCCAAAUGGAUGGAGUUGGUGUAGAUCCUGGUAAAAUUGUGAUGGUGCUUGGAGCAACCAAUCACCCAUGGUCUAUUGAUGAAGCUAUGCGUCGUCGUUUAGAGAAACGUAUUUAUAUCCCUCUUCCAGACUUUAAUGAUCGUCUAGAACUCUUUCGCAUCAAUACCAAAACACUAAAAUUAUCUCCUGAUGUGGAUUUUACAAAAUUAUCUAAAAUCCUUGAAGGACGUUAUUACAGUUGUGCGGAUAUAACGAAUCUGGUCCGUGAUGCUGCCAUGAUGACGAUGCGGCGAUUUAUGGAAGAAACCGAUAAAACAGAACUCAAAAGACGUGCAGCGGAGAUUGGGAAAUUAGUGGCGGAACAGCCAACCACCAUGAAAGACUUUCUUGAUGCAGUGAAGAAUGUACCUAGUAGUAUUAACGUAGAUCAGAUUACAAGGUUUGAAAAGUGGAAGAAAGAAUUCGAAACGAAUUUAUAG